AUGCUCUCUAGCAUGACAGGAUGCAUGAGUUUUCUUACGGGAGGUGGUAAUUCUCCGACCUCAGAUUGUUGUGAGGCCCUUAAGUCGUUAACCGGAACCGGUAUGGACUGUCUGUGUCUGAUUGUAACCGCGGGUGUGCCACUCAAUCUUCCUAUAAACCGAACUCUAGCUAUAUCUCUUCCUAGUGCUUGUGACAUGCCUGGUGUCCCCGUUAAAUGCAAAGCUUCUGCAGCACCUCUUCCUGCUCCAGGCCCUGCGUCUCUCGGUCCGACCGCUUUUCCUACAGAUACGCAAAAUCCUGAAGGACCUGCUACUUUUGAUUCUGGUCCGACCACUUCUCCUACGGAUUGGCCAACUCCUCCCGAAGGCCAGGACCAGGAUUAUCCCGAAUCAGGCAACAGAGGAAACCCGACGGCGUUAGCUCCUUCAGCCUCGUUGCCUUCCUCUUCGCAGUCUCUCAUGCUUUCACUUCUUCUAAUGGCUUUUGCCUUUAAGCUUAUCAAUUUCUUCUAA